AUGACAAUUGAGGAACCUAAGCUCAAUGGCCAUGUUUCAACCAAGGAGGCUGCUAAGUCGACCACUAAUACAAAUGAUCGAUUUGAAAACAGCUUAGAGAGUUCAGACGCGGUCUCCCAAUUGAUAGAUAUGGAGCUUGGAAAUGCGUGCUUGUUGGACAAGGUCAAGCAAGAUAUGCAGACGGUCAAAGACAUAUCAUUCUUCCUGAAGAAACGCGCUUUGAUUGAAGAGGAAUAUGGAAGACAAAUGAUAAAACUUACGCAAACAAUGUCAGAGACAGUUGAUAAAGCACCACUUCGCACAGGAACCUUGUCAGAUUCAUGGUCUUCCUAUCUCAAGGUACAUGAAAAAGUGGGAGAAAAUCGAGUUAGAUUUUCUCAGGACAUUGUCGAUAUUUCGGAUGACCUCUUAUUUCUACACCGAGACACAGAAAAGGAACGAAAGCAGAUCAAAGACUUGGGAAUCAAGCACGAGAAAUUGCUAGGAGACGCAGAUAUAGCUCUUGAAAAGGUCAAACAAAGGUAUGACCAAAUGAGCGAGGAGUGGGAAAAGGCUAUAUUGCAAAAGAAUGGCGAGACUGUAGCCGUUACCAAGAAGGCGAUCUUCAAAUCAAACAAAACUCAAGCACAGUUGGGUAAAAUAGAAGAAGAGGCACGUACAAAGGCUGGAAUAGCAGAUCAAGCUUACCGUCACCAGUUAAAGCUUACCAACCAAAGUCGAAAUGAAUACUAUACCGUUCACCUUCCAAAGAUCAUUACCGAUCUCAAGGCAGUAGGGGACGAGUGUUGUGUUGCGAUGAGGUAUCAGCUUGCUCGAUAUGCCUAUCGAUUUGAGCAAGCACUGGUAUCGGAUGGUAUGGAGAUCGACCCUGAAGACGGAGAUGGACUGCGAUCGCUGGCCGAAAAAAUUGACCAUGUUGGCGAUCUUAAUGGAUAUAUUCAAUCUUGUCAAGCACGCGUGGCAAAGGUUCAAAAACUUGAUAUUCCAUUUAGGGAAUACAGUAUGUCUGCCUCUGCACUUCAAGUAUUGAAUCCAAACCCUGUGUUUGGUGUAUCUCUGGAUGAGCUGAUGGAACGUACAGGCGCAGAAGUGCCCUUAAUUGUUCUUAAGUGUACAGCAGCGGUUGAAUUGUAUGGUCUCCACAGUACUGGUAUAUACCGUCUAUCCGGAACAAACAGUCAGAUUCUCAAGCUUAAAACAGCAUUUGAUCGAGGCAACUUAGACGCCAAUGCCGUUGAUUUCAAUUCUGAGGAGUAUAUGUGCGAUGUAAACAAUAUAACCAGUGUGUUAAAGCUGUGGUUUCGUGAAUUACCUGACCCUUUAUUGCCUCGGCACAUGUACAAUGAUUUUAUCAGUAAAGCAAUUGAGAUUGGAGAUGAACGAAAAAGAGUAUUGGCAUUCCACACCCUAAUUAAUGAACUAUCGGAUGCGCAUUAUUCUACGCUGAAACAUCUCAUGUGCCAUUUAAACAAGAUACAAGCAAACGAGGAACACAAUCGAAUGGGAAUAAGUAAUCUAGCGACUAUAUUUGGUCUCACUCUUAUGGGAAAUGAUACAGACGACCCAAGACAAGGAUCACCCACUGAACAGGAUAAUAGGCGACUGGCUGAGAUGCAAUACAAUGUUUGUGUAGUUCACACAAUUCUUGAAUACUAUGAUUUGAUCUUCGAAUAA